CGAACUUCCUAUCAGGGAGAAUUGUUCUCCAGAGCCGAUCAGUCCGUAGACCGAAGGCAACACUCGUCGUGGGAAGAUGGACGAGGGUCGUGGCAGGCUCUGUUAGCUUUUUUCGAUGUAAUGAAGAAAAGAAAAAGUUCAGAUAGGGGAGCGCCGCCGACACGCGGUAUUUAUGUGGCCUGUGGAUCACGUGCUCGAGCUAGGCAUCCCGCCCUCGCUAAUCGCCAAGCUGUCAGGCACACCAGCCUUUGGCCCUGUAUGUUCUGUUUGUAUUUGAUCUUCUCCCGUUGUUCCAAGCAACAAUCUCGCCCCGCAUGCGUCGCUAAAACCCUCCUUUAUGUACAGGAACUCAGAAACAGAAUCCAAAAGACAGUGAAAAGAAAAAGCUCAAAUGUACAUGCAAUCCAAUUCCUACCCAGCGAACACUCUCCAGACUCCAAACUCCCAUGCAGUAUAGUUAUGCUCCGCAGAAAUGUCUUGUUGGUUUUGAGGUACUUGUAUCACAACCGAGAAUGGUAGGCAGAAGUAUCGACAGAGGAGGGCAACGCAAGGUUGGUCCUGUUCGUCUACUU